GCUUUCGGGCGGAACGGAGCGGCGAGGCCGGAGUCGCGGGCGGGUCUGCGCCAAGGUUUCCCGGGACUCUCUCCGAGUGGUGGGGACGCGGCUCCCGAACCCGCCCUGGCCGCGAGGAGGAGGAGGAGGACCCCGCUGUCUUGGCCCUUCGGGGGCCGAGCGCCACCCCGAUCCGCCCGCGCCGAAUGAAGAUAUUCAAAUGUUGUUUUAAAUACCCCCUACAGCAGAAAGUUUUCGUCCUGUUUUUAACCCUAUGGCUAUUCUCCUUGUUGAAGCUUCUAAAUGUGAGAAGACUCCUCUUCCCUCAAAGAGACAUUUACUUGGUUGAGUACUCCUUAAGUACCUCACCUUUUGUAAGAAACAGAUACACUCAUGUUAAGGAUGAAGUCAGGUAUGAAGUUAACUGUUCUGGUAUCUAUGAACAGGAGCCUUUGGAGAUUGGCAAGAGUCUGGAAAUAAGAAGAAGGGACAUCAUCGACUUGGAGGAUGAUGAUGUCGUGGCAAUGACCAGUGAUUGUGAGAUUUAUCAGACUCUGAGAAGGUACCCUCAAAAGCUUGUUUCAAGAGAGGAGAAAGGCUUCCCAAUAGCCUAUUCUUUGGUUGUCCACAAAGACGCAAUUAUGGUCGAAAGGCUUAUCCAUGCCAUAUACAACCCAUACAAUAUUUACUGCAUCCAUUAUGACCGCAAGUCACCUGAUACCUUCAAAGUUGCCAUGAACAAUUUAGCUAAGUGCUUCUCCAAUAUUUUCAUUGCUUCCAAAUUAGAGGCUGUGGAAUAUGCCCACAUCUCCAGACUCCAAGCUGAUUUAAAUUGCUUGUCAGACCUUCUUAAGUCUUCAGUUCAGUGGAGAUAUGUUAUCAACCUGUGUGGGCAAGAUUUUCCCCUAAAGUCAAAUUUUGAAUUAGUGUCGGAGUUGAAGAAACUCAAUGGAGCUAAUAUGUUAGAGACUGUGAAACCCCCUAACACUAAAAUGGAAAGAUUCACUUAUCACCAUGAACUCCGACAGAUGCCUUAUGAGUAUAUGAAGCUACCGGUAAGGACAAACAUCUCCAAGGAAGCACCUCCUCACAACAUUGAGGUGUUUGUUGGCAGUGCUUAUUUUGUGUUAAGUCAAGCAUUUGUCAAAUAUAUUUUCAACAACUCCCUCGUGAAAGACUUUUUUGCCUGGUCUGAAGAUACAUACUCUCCUGAUGAGCACUUUUGGGCUACCUUAAUUCGGGUUCCAGGAAUACCUGGGGGAAUUUCCAGAUCAGCCCAGGAUGUGUCUGAUCUACAGAGUAAGACCCGCCUCGUCAAAUGGAAUUAUUUCGAAGGCUUUCUCUACCCCAGUUGUACUGGCUCUCACCUUCGAAGUGUGUGUAUUUAUGGAGCCGCAGAAUUAAGGUGGCUUAUAAAAGAUGGACAUUGGUUUGCUAAUAAAUUUGAUUCCAAGGUGGACCCUAUCUUGCUUAAAUGCUUGGCAGAAAAGCUUGAAGAACAACAGAGAGAGUGGAUCACUCUGUCUUCAGAAAAGUUAUUUAUGGACAGAAACCUCACAAUCACACCAUUAUAGUAAAAUCCUAAUGGGAAUGAGAGGGCCUCCGAUAAAUGGAGUCAAUGUGGAACUGUAUACGAUACCAUGCACAACACCUUCUGAACUUAACCCUCUCGCAGUUUGAAAGGUGUCCAGAAUUCCGUGCACGAGGGAAAGUGAUCUAGCCUUUGAUGAUGUUAGCCUGCAGUUGGUUAGGUUUUGUAAUGUCUGGUUUUGCUUGUAAUCUCACUGAGCUAAAUCGGUUGUCAAAUAUCGAUUGAGCACCUAACUGAAUGACAGCCACUUCUGUAAAGACUGUGGCUUGCCCUCAUCACACAGCAACCUUAAUACCUUUAAGUUCUCCGCAUAACAAUCAGGAUUCUGCUGAAGCAGCUUUUGAAGUAUGUGGUAUCAUAUAAUCACAUAAACCACCCGUUUCGGAGUGUGUUUGAGUACAGUGACCAACACUCCACUUGGCUCUUAAAUUCAGCUUCAUAGAACAUUUCCUAAUUAUUAGAAGUUUAGGAGGAGAGACUCUACUACCUCAGAAAAGCUCAAAGAAUUGCCCAGUUUGGUGCUUGCCAAAGCAUAAUUUGCCUUUUGGUACAUCAUAUGUUCAAUUCAGGGUUGAGGAGACUGUUGGUGCGGCAUUUCUGGUAUAUGAAGGUUAGGGAAGGUGGGUGGGGAGGGGAGAGCAUGAGUGGUGGCUGAGAGGAACAGGGGUUUUAUACAAUAUUUUUAUCAUGUUACAAAUGCUAUCAAGAAUGGCCUGCAUUUUAAUUCGACUGUUUCCUGAAAAUGCGUUUACUGGCCUGGUGUGGUGCCUCAGGCCUGUAACAAUCCUUGUAAUUUGGGAGGCUGAGGUGGGAGGAUUGUUUGAGGCCAGGAGUUUGAGACCCGCCUGAGCGAGACCCCAUU